AUGAGUGACAGGCAGAAGGGGCUUCAAAAUGCAGUGGACACAGUUUUCAAUAGUCCUGACAGUAGGUUUUGUGUCAGACAUAUGCAUGAAAAUUUCAAAAAACUGUUUCCUGGUCUACUGCUAAAACAACUUGUGUGGAAUGCUGCAAGAGCCACUAUUCCUGCAGAGUUUGAUAUGAGGAUGGAUGAGAUAAAGAAAAUCAACACAAGUGCAUACAAUUGGCUGGCAGCAAAGAACCCAUCAGAAUGGACAAAAGCACACUUCAAAGAGGAGGCACUGGUUAAUGUGUCGUUUUACCAAAAAAAGAGAGAGAGUUUGCCUAGAUGGAGACAUACUAUACACAACAACAUCAUCAAGAUUAUUGCAAAGGAAACAGAAGUUGCUAAACGGUGUGGAGUAUCAAGAGCAAAUGCAACUAUGUUUCAAGUUCAGACGAAUCCAGGAGGUUGCAACACUGUGGACUUAGAGAAGAAAACAUGCACCUGUAGGAAGUUUCAGUUAACAGGCAUACCUUGUGGACAUGCCUUAGCUGCAAUUUGGAUGUGCAACCAUAAUUCCCAUCUCUAUGUACACCCUUAUUAUAGCAAAGAGGCUUUCGAAAAGAGUUAUGCACACACAGUUUUCCCAAUCCCAAGUCUUGACAAGUGGCCAAAAACAGGUCAAAACCCAAUCCUUCCUCCUGGAGAAAACAUUUUGCCAGGCAGGCCCAAGAAAAAAAGAAGAAGAAGUGUUGAUGAGCCACCGCCUCCAGCUACCUCAACUGCGAGAAGAACUGGUGCAAUUAUGCAUUGUGGAAAAUGCAAGCAACCUGGACAUAAUAGGAGGUAUUGCCCGAAUGAUGCAGCACCUCAGGCACAGGGUCCAAAGAAAAAAGGAGGCAGACCACCCAUCCAAAAUCCAACCAAGGAAACUCUAAAGAGAAGGAAAAGAAUGGAAAAGGAAAAAGUUAGGAAGGCUGCACAAGGUGAUGGUGCUGGGCCAUCUGCUCCAACAAACAAUGCAGGAGGGUCUAAUGCAUAG